AUGGUGAAACUUAACAAACAGCUCUUCCUACUUCAGUCUUCAGCCUCGGCCGUUGUUGCCGCCACCGCAGACUGGCGAAGACAGCGUACGGGGAAAAUGGGGAAAGGAGAUGAACUGUGGGACGAUUCUGCUCUUCUCAACGCUUUCGACGACGCCAUUUCCAAGUACAAGAAGUAUCAUGGCAAGAAAGGCCAGGAAAAUUCAGCUGAUAGUGGAAAAGGUUUAGCUGACAGUGUGGAUCCUGCUCCUGUAGCGGAUGAAGGCCUUGGAUUAGUCAGGGAGGUGGAGGAAACUGGGAAAGUAGCAUCACAACUUACAGCAGAGAUCAAUGACAGAUUAUGCAUAGCACCAUCGGAUGAAAAUUAUUUCGCGUAUCAACUUGGAGAUGAACAAAACAUAGACACUGCAAACGAUGUAAACGCACCUACAGUUGGUGAUCAUUCUAAUGUACAAGCCACGGAGGAUUAUAACGAGCUACUAAGCCAGUAUUAUGAUCUGGAAGAGAAGAGGCAAAAGGUUCUAGAACAGCUUCAACAACUAGGAGGCUAUUAUUACCAAGAUCCUGCUGAAGGUUCUAGUUCUGCUGCCCAGUUAGCUAACUGCUCCACUUCUCAAGACCAUUCAGCCCCAGCAACAAACCAAACUCAUGGCUCAGCUACCUGCAUAUAUACCACUUGUUGCCCUUAUGCCAGUCAUUGUCCAGUAGUUUCAUGCUGUGGUAGUAAGUUAGGCACCGACUCCACUGUGUUGACUUGUUGUGGAAAAGCUUGUCCUCUUGGGGAGAGUGACAUGGUUAAAACAGCCAUGGAAGCUGCUGAAAGAGCAAUGUCAUCUAUAAAAGGGAAAAGCUCGGACGAUAAUUGUGUCAAAGAUGAAGAAGAAGAGGGAACUGCACAAGGUCCUACUUCUGGAACAGAUCUCUGUGAUGUCUUGAAUGCUUGGUAUUCUGCUGGUUUUUUCACCGCCAAGUAUCUUACAGAGCAAUCCAUGGCUAAGAAGUAGAGGUAUUCCUGUUGGAGCAGAAGGAAUACAGGCGAUGUGUGAUUGGUUGGCGAUGGAACAAAAAAUUUAAUUUAGUGCAGGAAACAGAAGUUAGAGAGAAGUAUGUAAACAAGAUUUGAAUAAAUUUCUGAAUGUACUAAACUAUUUUCUGGUGAACUAUGUACGAAAUUUUGAGAAUACUAGUACUUCGCUUGAAUUAAGUUGAAUUCUUUGUACAGUAGUUCAACAGUUCAUCCAUCCACCUUACAUUUUUCUUCCCCAGCAGGGAGCAACUUUUAUGGGUCAGUUCAGUUCCUUAGUUCCCUUCUUC